GACGUAUGAUUCCAUAAUGCGCAACUGCUUACCAGCGAGGGGCAGUUGUGUGCACGGCUCCGCUUCUCUCAGUGUGAGCUUCUCUGCAGCUCCGGUGCGCCCAUUUCCAGCGACUUUUGGUACAAGCUUCUCUGAGGGGUUCACUGAGUUUGGCCAAACAUGUCUUCAUGAGGCGAUCAAUGUCCCUGUCCCUUUCUACUUCUUUAUUGAUGACAUAACUUCAUUAUACCAUGUUGCAUUCUCAUCAGAAUGCAACAUGACAUGACAGGCUCCCCUCUUACACCCUUCUCCCCACAGCAGUCCUUUUCCACAGCAGUCCUUUUCCAAUAACUUCUCGUUGGUCUAACAACUUGGCCCGGCAACAGCAAACACCCAGAAACUUCCAUGCCUUAAUGGCUGGAGAACAAGCAACCUGAGACUGCCCCUCUAAACUCUUUACAUUCCUGAUGGCCUCAUCGUUAAGAGUCUGAUGUUAUCACCAACCACAGCGUUUGCCGACCCCCAUGGCCACACUCCCACAUCUCCCCCUUCUUUAUUAACAUCAACCAUCUUCUUGACACGAAUUGUUACUCCAUAUAUCACACCCUGCAAAACCUUCCUACACUCAAGCAGAUUGACAGUCCCACCUAACGUGUUGUCCACAAACUUGCUGAGGGUGCACUCCGUCCCCUCCUCCAAGUGUUUGAUAAAGAUGUUAAACAAAACCAUUCCCAGGACCCCUGGGGAAUGCUGAUGGUGACCAGCCACCAUUCACCAUGACUAAUCCCAGCCAGUUCUUCAGCCAGUGACCUGUGACCUGUUAUUUAAGCCACCAGCAGCCAGUUUCUCCAGGAGAAUUCUGUGGGAAACAGUGUCAAAUGCUUUACUAAAACCCAAGUAGAUAGCAUCCACAGCCUGUCCCUCAUCUACUAAGUGGGUCACCUUGUGACAGGAGGAGAUCAGGUUAGUCAGGCAGGACCUGUCUUCCAUAAACCCAUGCAGCCUGCAUUCCUUACCAAGUGGUGCAUGAGAUGGAGUUGAAGAUGAUCUGCUCCAUAGCCUUCCCCAGUACCCAGGUCGGAUUGACAUGGGUGUAGUUCCCUGGAUCCUCCUUCCUCCCCUUGUGGAUUGGAGUCUCAUCUGCUAGCCUCCAGUGAACUGUGACCUCCCCAGUCAGCCAGCACUGCUGGAACUGUAUUUCAAGAAUCUUUCAAAACAGAAACAAAAAGAAGUCAUGGAGAAGAAUGGAAACAACCACAAACUACGUGUCUGUGUUGCUACUUGCAACCGUGCUGAUUAUUCAAAAUUAGCUCCCAUUAUGUUUGGCAUUAAGGCAGAACCACAGUUCUUUGAGCUUGACGUUGUAGUGCUUGGUUCCCACCUGAUUGAUGAUUAUGGGAACACCUAUCGCAUGAUUGAACAGGAUGACUUUGAUAUUCAUACAAGACUGCACACUAUUGUGAGAGGGGAGGAUGAGGCAGCCAUGGUAGAGUCAGUGGGCCUGGCGUUAGUGAAGUUACCAGAUGUCCUGAAUCGCCUGAAACCUGACAUAAUGAUCGUUCACGGUGACAGAUUUGAUGCUUUGGCACUAGCCACAUCUGCAGCCCUGAUGAAUAUCCGCAUUCUUCACAUUGAAGGCGGGGAAGUCAGUGGGACCAUUGAUGACUCUAUUAGGCACGCUAUCACCAAACUGGCCCACUACCAUGUGUGCUGCACCAGGAGUGCGGAGCAGCAUUUGAUAGCCAUGUGUGAGGACCACGACCGCAUCCUUUUAGCGGGCUGUCCCUCGUAUGACAAGCUCCUCUCUGCCAAAAAUAAAGACUACAUGAGUGUUAUACGUGUGUGGCUAGGUGAAGAUGUCAAACCCAGAGAUUAUAUAGUUGCUUUGCAACAUCCUGUAACCACGGACAUUAAACAUUCCAUAAAGAUGUUUGAGCUGACUCUAGAUGCACUCAUCUCCUUCAACAAGAGAACACUUGUUCUGUUCCCCAACGUGGAUGCAGGAAGCAAAGAGAUGGUUCGGGUGAUGAGGAAGAAGGGCAUUGAACAUCAUCCCAAUUUUCGGGCAGUGAAGCAUGUCCCGUUUGACCAGUUCAUUCAGCUAGUCGCUCAUGCUGGCUGUAUGAUUGGCAACAGCAGUUGUGGUGUCAGAGAGGUGGGAGCAUUUGGUACACCUGUUAUCAACCUGGGGACGCGUCAGACAGGAAGAGAAACAGGUGAAAACGUUCUUCAUGUUCGUGAUGCUGACACACAGGAUAAGAUUCUGCAUGCUCUGAAGCUUCAGUUUGGUAAACAGUACCCAUGCUCAAAAAUAUAUGGAGAUGGUAAUGCUGUUCCAAGGAUUUUGAAGUUCCUCAAAUCCAUCAAUCUCAAAGAGCCAUUGCAAAAGAAAUUCUGUUUUCCUCCUGUCAAAGAUAAUAUCUCUCAAGAUAUAGACCAUAUUCUAGAGACACAGAGUGCUUUGUCUGUGGAUCUAGGUGGAACAAAUCUCCGAGUAGCAAUCGUCAGUAUGAAGGGUGAAAUAGUUAAGAAGUAUACACAGCUCAACCCUAAAACUUACGAAGACAGACUAGGUUUAAUUCUAAAGAUGUGUAUAGAAGCUGCAUCAGAGGCAGUACAACUGAACUGCAGAAUUUUGGGAGUAGGUAUUUCCACAGGUGGACGGGUAAACCCCCGAGAAGGAAUUGUGCUUCACUCCACAAAACUCAUUCAGGAGUGGAGCUCCGUGGAUCUCAGAACCCCAAUAUCUGAUGCUCUGCACCUGCCAGUCUGGGUGGACAACGAUGGAAACUGUGCAGCUCUAGCUGAAAGGAAAUUUGGUCAUGGAAAGGGAGUAGAAAAUUUUGUAACGCUCAUCACUGGUACAGGAAUUGGAGGUGGAAUCGUUCACCAGCACGAAUUGAUCCAUGGCAGUUCAUUCUGUGCUGCUGAGCUUGGGCACAUUGUUGUAUCUCUGGAUGGACCGGAGUGCCUGUGCGGUAGCCAAGGAUGUAUAGAAGCAUAUGCCUCUGGCAUAGCAUUGCAGAGAGAAGCUAAGAAGCUGCAUGAUGCGGAUCUGCUUUUAGUGGAAGGAAUGUCAAUGAAGAAGGAGGAAGUUGUUAGUGCUGCACAUCUCAUUCAGGCAGCUAAACUUGGGAACACAAAAGCAGAAAGCAUUCUCAGAACAGCUGGUACAGCAUUAGGCCUCGGAGUUGUGAACAUUCUACACACCAUGAACCCCUCUCUGGUGAUCCUUUCUGGCGUCCUAGCCAGCCACUACGUCAAUACUGUCAAAGAUGUGAUACAGCGACAGGCUUUGUCCUCUGUUAAAACUGUGGAUGUGGUGGUCUCAAAUCUAGCAGAUCCUGCUCUUCUUGGAGCUGCUAGCCUGGUACUAGAUUAUACUACACGUAGAAUAUACUAGGUACCUGGAAGAAUAGCAGAAAUGGACUGUUUAAAUUAAUAAUGGGUGGAGCGAAUACUUUGCCCAAAAUUUUUUCUUUGACCAGAGCAGCUACAGAAUCAGAGUAAUGUUCUGAAUAGUUAGUGACUACUUCAACAUUUCCUAAUUAGGUAUUCUCUUUUUGUAUUUUUUCUAAAUUUCAUCUGACUUCAGAGGAAUCAACGUGCAAUUCUGUUGUUUUUAAUCACUUCUCUUGGCAAGCCCAGAUGUUGCUUUUAAGUGUAGCUGAAUUAUUUAUGAGCAUAUAUUGACGUACGGUAGGGAGUAUACAUGUUGUGUCAAAUUAUUAGCUAAUACUUGGGGAUACACAUCUCAUUUCCCACCUCUGCGGAAUGAGAAGUCUACAGUGUGACCAUCUUUUUUAUUUCUAGGCUUCCGCCCACAAAGUAAAUGCAAAAUAAUCACCAACAGCAGGUGGUAGUUUCAGUGGGUGGAAACAAGGGAAGGUGCCUCCACAAACAAACAAACAAAAAAGCUGCAUUUGGAAAUUGUGGCUUUUGAAGGACUUGGAGGAAGCAGUUAUUUAUUACAUCAUCUUUAAAGGGCAGAGUCCCAUUUUAGAAGCUUUGCAAAUGAAGGAAAAAGACCACAGCCUAGUGAGCUUACGGACUGCCAAAGCAGUCCAAACAAACUGACAAGCGUAGCACUGAGCAUCUUUGUGCUCUGGCUUUAGCCAGCAGUAAAUUAUUUGAAUUGUAUUGUUGGGGUUAAUUUUAUUUUAUGGGGUUUCCUCAAGGGACUUAGUCCACCACUUUGUCUCCCAGAUUAGCAGAGAGGGGACUUUCUUCUGUAGCGGCCAGUUAGCUAAAAUGCGGUAAUGGAUUUUAAAUUGCAUCUGAGCGUAAAGACUACCUUUUGAGAAAUCUCAUCCACUGCAGAGCGACACGGUGCGUCUCCUCAGCAGUGCUGGUGGCUGCAGGUACGGUAUCACUGUCCUGCUUUCACCAUCAUCUCACGGAUGGAAAGUCAAAUCUGAGCCUCAUUCUCGUGUUCAAGGCACCCAGUGGCCUUGGAGCAGAGUAUAUAACUACCAGCAAAGGCUUGCUGACCUAGGGAGAGGCUUAAGAUGACACAGCGUAGUCGUGUUCCACAUUUAAGGGAGGUGGUUUCUUUAGCUAGUUCUUCUUGAUUCAUAAUUCUGCCUUUAUCUAUCCGCUUUUUUAGCACACUUUAAAGUUAUUCUAGUAAUGACAAUUAGUUCACAGAAGGAGAAACUGAGAAACAGAACAAUCUAGCUGACCGGCUAUCCCAGAAAGAAGACACCUGCCAGAGAAACAGUCCUGGGUCCUUCACGUAGUGACCUAAACCCUCUGUGCCACAUUCUUUCACAGAAUCAGCAAGUAGGGAUGCACUGGUUCUUAGAGCCUACUACAACAUAGCAAAGUUAUGUCACCAAGGUCUCUUAGUGUUCCUUUUCCUUUAUUUACUCAGUGAAUCCCAGUAACUUCAAUACCAGAGCAGUAGCUCCAUGAGCAAGUCGAGGAGAAAUGUGCUUUGCUCCACAGUGAUAGCAUCUCAUGGCAGGGGUAACAGCGCUGAGGCUCUAACAGAGAGGAUCCCUGUCGUUUGACCUUUCCAUCCUCCUCCCAUCACAGGGAUGUCUGAUUAAAAGUGGGACCAGGCUUUUGCUUUUCAGACCUCCUGAUGCAAACAGCAUUUUGAUAGCUCAGACUCCAGACAUGUUUUUUCCCUAUCAGGUGAAGGGAUGUUUGAGGCAGAUAGAAAACAUGAAAGGUAUUUAAACAUUUUAAAAUACUUGAAAAAAAAAAAAUAACACUAAACAUUUUAAAGUCUAUUCUCUUCAAGAAAAUUGUUCUUCAAAUGCCUUUGAAUUAAUUUUUUUUUCUGGCAACUGAACAAGAACUUGCUGCAUUGGGGCAAGUGGUGUAGAAGUCCUUGGUUUUCCCUGCGACAUCUGUGGGUUUGUAAAAUUAAAAAAAAAAGUUCAUAUUUAA